AAUCUCUUGUUGUUCCCAUUCUUUCUCAUCAAUCCUUCAGCUCAUAACACAAAGUAAAAUUCAACAGAAGGAGAAGAGAAACAUAUAUAAAUUACGGUAGCCAAAAAUGGCUAGGAUUACAAUGUCGCAUAUUUUGGUGGCUCUUUUCGUCAUCCUUGUUUCAAUGGAAGCCGCCUUCGUUAUGGGGCAAGGCAAGGGGAACGGGAACGGGAACGGGAGCGGAAAUGGGAACGGGAACGGGAGCGGAAAUGGGAACGGCAACGGCAAUGGUAAUGGCAAUGGAAAUGGCAACGGCGACGGAAAUGGCAACGGCAGCGGAAAUGGCAAUGGGAACGGAAACGGCAAUGGGAACGGGAGCGGAAAUGGGAACGGCAACGGCAAUGGUAAUGGCAAUAGCAAUGGAAAUGGCAAUGGCAAUGGCAACGGGAAUGGGAAUGGAAACGGCAAUGGUAAUGAAGCCGAUGAGGCUGCUGUUUCCAAUUAUGACGUGUUGACACCAGUGGGAUCCGGGCAGGAGCGAGGGUUCUGUAAAGCAAAGGGGGCUUGCUAUUACAAGACUCUUACGUGCCCAUCUGAAUGCCCUCAGAGAAAGCCGAAGAAGAACAAGAAGAACAAGGGUUGUUUCAUUAACUGCGGUAGCAAGUGUGAAGCUACUUGCAAGUUUAGGAAAGCCAAGUGUGAUGGUUAUGGCUCUCUGUGCUACGAUCCCAGGUUUGUUGGCGGUGACGGUGUGAUGUUCUACUUCCAUGGAGCCAAGGGCGGAAACUUUGCCAUUGUUUCAGACACCAACCUCCAAAUCAACGCACACUUCAUCGGGACUCGACCAACAGGAAGGACCCGCGAUUUCACAUGGAUUCAGGCUUUCGCAGUGAUGUUUGACUCUCACACCCUUGUCAUCGCAGCAAAGAGGGUAUCAAAGUGGGAUGACAAAGUUGAUGCUCUCAUGGUAAAGUGGGAUGACAAAGUUGUGACCAUCCCCACUGAUGGAGACGCCGAAUGGAGGACUAACGGUGAAGAUAGAGAGGUAAUCGUCGAAAGAACUGAUGAAACCAACUACGUUAGGGUUACAGUGGCCGGUCUCGUGGAAAUGGACAUUAGGGUUAGACCUAUUGGAGAAGAGGAAAACAAGGUCCAUAACUACCAAGUACCAGCUGAUGACACAUUUGCUCACUUGGAGACACAGUUCAGAUUUACCAAUUUAUCCGAUCUUGUGGAGGGAGUUUUGGGCAAGACUUACCGCCCAGGUUACGUUAGCCCGGUCAAAAUCGGAGUCCCGAUGCCGAUGGUUGGUGGGGAGGACAAGUACAAAACUUCAUCCCUCUUUUGUCCUCUCUGCAAGGUUUGCAGGUUCCAGAAACAGCCUGAGCUUGCAGCUGCUGGAGGAAUUGCUCAGUACUGAAUGAUUAUAAUUUUUUAUUUAAAUAUAUUUAGGGGUGGACAAAACACAUCGGCUACCAAUAAAAUGAUUUAUAGUUUUAACAAUAUAUCAUGAAUAUUGUUACAAUAUAUUUAUAGACUGUAACUAAUAAUGAUAUCAAUAAAAUGUGACAAUGUUAA